AUCACAAAACAAUUCGUAGCAGUUGCAUAAGUGUUGUGUGCCGUCCAAGAUGUCGUCCUACAAAAAGCUGAACGACGAAACCUUCCCAACGAGCCUGCUGAUGGAGUUUGACGAGCUGGACGAUGAGUUCCUGAUAAGCCCACCGGGGCUGGCCGCAACGGAAAAGGCCGACGUGGCAUCAGGCCCCCGCUCCCCAGCGACCACCACAUCGCACACGUCCAACACCUCCAGCGGCAACUACAGCCUGUCGACGGAGAACGAAAACGGCAGCGGCUCCAGCAGCACUUCGAGCCACCCGACAACGGCCAAGUUCCGGACCACGACCAGCAAGCGUGUCAGCGCCAGCAAGGAUGCCAAACGGGCCCUAGCCGGGGCCAAAGCGCUGGCCAAAUCAACUCCCGGCCAAAAGCGGGCCAAAUCGAUGGAAAACCUGCGGAAUCAGUCGGGUGGCAGCGGCACCAGCGGACAUUCGCUCAAGCGUCAGCCCAAAUAUGGUCACGUGAAGAGCAAGGUGAAACAGUUUAUCGAUGAGGCGAUUAGCCAGCGAGGUCGUCACGUGCUCGUGCGCCACAAAUCGAUGCCGGAGUCGAACAACAGCCGCGGAACGGAAGAGCAGAGUGAAAUUGACCAGGAAACAGACGUGGAAUCGCUUCGAACGAUGCUGCGGGAGAAAACGGCUGAAAACGAGAAUCUGCAGCGCCAUUUGGAGUUCAGCGAGAUUCAACGUGAGGACGGGGUCGUGAAGAUCGAAACGUUGAAGCGCAAGAUCGAAGCAAUGCGUCUGGAGGAAUCUAAGCGGCAAGCCGAGCGGGAUGUGGAGCGACAACGAGAACGAGACUUCAGGAAGGAACUGGAUCGGAAGACGGUUUUUGGGGCGUAUUUUCAGUACAACCGGAUAUUUGCGACGACCUGCACGCAAACCAGUCCGGAACCGUGCACGACCUUCGACAUGAGCACGUUUGGUAGCGAGGACAGCUUCGAACGGGUCAUUGCGGCAAGCAGCUCCAGCCAACCGAACGCCUCGACAGGUCCUCGGGCGAAGCGAAGUCUCCAGUAUCCGGUAGACCAGCAGGAAGACCCGGACGACGACGACAACGUGCAGGAUGACAUCAGUCCCGAUUCGGCGACCCACCCCGAAAGCUCACCGGACUAUCCGCAGUUGGUUCCGGCUGUAGGACGUCAGCAGUACCCAUCAACCAGCAAUCAACCCGUGGUCUCCGUUGGACGCAGUGAUCGGCAGGACGUGGAAAGUGACCGAAUUUGCGAUGAAUGUGCCCGGAAACGGAAGAAGAAGGCGUCGAAAAAAGCUCGGCUGGCCAGCUUUUUCUGCAUCAGGAAGGCGGACUAAGAAUUUCGCAUUCGUUAGUGUGUUUGUGUUUAGUGCAUUUCUCAGUGAUCCAAAUUGUUGUAAACGUUUCUAAUUAAUUUAUUUACAUUAAAUGUGCUUAACCGAGUAU